AAAAGAAGAAGAAGAAGCUCCAGUCCUGCCAGGGGUCUCGUAUAUCCGUGUUUUUAACCUGUAGUCAUUAGUGUUUUAAAAACACUCCACAUCCAGUUUAAGAGAACCAUCAACGUGUAUCCGAGUAUAAAACAAACCCUAAAACAGCGACACAAACCGGAGCGACACCAACGACGAGAAGUGUGCUAACGGAGCUAGCCUGGGAGCUAACGGCAGUUAGCAUGGAGGACAUAAAGAACAACAUCAGCGGAGACAGGGAAUGGGCAGAGGCUUUGAAAAAAAACUCAGAAGAUGUCCAGCAGCUGAUAAUUAAAGAUGAAGAGGUUUUCCAUGAGCAGCAAGAGAGGAGCUCCAGUCUGAACCGGGAGGAGCCACCAGGACCAGCACACAUUAAAGAGGAACAGGAGGAACUGUGGAUCAGUCAGGAGAAACAGCAGCUUCAAGGAACAGAGGAGGCUGAUAUCAGCAUGUUCACGUUCACUUCUGUCCUUGUGAAGAGUGAAGGAGAAAAUGGAGAGAAACCUCAGACCUCACAGCAUUUGAAAACAGAAGCUGAUGGAGAGGACUGUGGAGGUUCAGAAUCAGCCAGAAACUUUAGGGCAGACAGUCAUUUACAUUCAGUUACUCCUGAGGAGACUUCACAUCUUUCUGGAUCUGAGACUGAUGACAGUGGUGAUUGGGAGGAGAGGGAUGAACUUCAGGGAGGUUUAAAUGAUCUACAAAACAGAGAAAAAGCAGUAAAAGAUAUAAAACAUUACAGUGGACACACAGCCUCUGAAUGUGCUCAAAGCUUUGGACAGAAGAAACAACAGAAGCAGCACCAAGGGGAGAGACCAUUAAAUUGUUCAGUUUGUGGUAAAAUAUACCAGGGUAAGAAAAAUUUAAGGUGCCAUAUGUUGCGUCAUUCAUCAGAAAAACCAUUCAGCUGCUCCGUUUGUAAUAGAAGUUUUACCCUGAAAAUACAGAUGGUGAGGCACAUGAGAGUCCACACAGGAGAAAAACCAUUUAGUUGUUCAGCUUGUGGUAAAACUUUUUCUAGAAGUGAAAGUCUGAUGGCACAUUCUCACGUCCACACAGGGGAGAAACCGUUUAAGUGUUUAGUCUGUGGUAAAAAAUUUUCUCGACAUGUACAACUGAGAAGACACACAGUUGUCCACACAGGGGAGAAACCCUAUAAGUGUUCAGUUUGUAGUAAAAGUUUUUCUUGCCGUGCGUAUCUGAACCAACACUCUGUUGUCCACACAGGGGAGAAACGUUUCAGUUGUUCAGUUUGUGCUAAAAGUUUUUCUCAAUAUGGAAAUCUCAGACAACACUCCAUUAUCCACACAGGGGAAAAACAGUUUAGUUGUUCAGUUUGUGGUAAAUGUUUCUCUGCACGUGGAAGUCUGAAAAGACACUCUGUUGUCCACACUGGGGAGAAACUUUUUAUUUGUUCAAUAUGUGGGAAAGGUUUUUCUCAACGUGAAAAUCUGAUGGCUCAUACUGUGAUCCAUACAGGAGAGAAACAGUUUAGCUGUUCAGUUUGUGGCAAAAGUUUUUCUUUCAAUGCAAGUCUAAGAAGACAUUCUGUUCUCCACACAGGGGACAAACCAUUUAGUUGUUCAGUUUGUGGUAAAAGUUUUUCUCGAAGUGAAAGUCUGACAGCACAUUCUGUCCUCCACUCAGAGGAGAAACCAUUUAGUUGUUCAGUCUGUGGUGAAAAAUUUUCUCGACAAAUACAGCUGAGAAGACACUCUGUUGUCCACACAGGGGAGAAACCCUACAGUUGCUCAGUUUGUAGUAAAAGUUUUUCUCAACUUGAGUAUCUGAGGAAACACUCUGCUCUCCACACAGAGGAAAAACCCUACAGUUGUUCAAUCUGUGCUAAAAGUUUUUCUCAACUUGACUAUUUGAGGAAACACUCUGUUCUCCACACAGGGGAAAAGCCAUUUAGUUGUUCUGUUUGUGGUAAAAGUUUUUCUCAAAAUGGAAAUCUUAGGGCACAUUUAUCUGUUCAUGCAGUGGAGAAACCGUUUAGCUGUUCAGUUUGUGGUGAAAAAUUUUCUCGACAAAUACAUCUGAGAAGACAUUCAGUUGUCCACACAGGGGAGAAACCCCACAGUUGUUCAGUUUGUGAUAAAAGUUUUUCUCAACUUGAAUAUUUGAGGAAACACUCUGCUGUCCACACAGGGAAAAACCAUAAAUCAUUUCGUUGCAGUGUUUGUGAUAAAACAUUUACUCAGUUGAAAGUUGUCAAAAAUCACAAGUGUGUUAGUAAAAGCAGCAAAAAUUAAGUCAAAUCCAAAGGUACUCAUCUAAUGCAACCAGGGAUGUUCUGGGAAAGAAAUUCACCAGAGCUCUGAGAUAAUAGUAACUCUAAUAGUAAGGCAUAUGCUUCACACGCAGAAAGUAGUAUUUAAUGAAAUUUCCCAUACAAACAGUAUGCUAACUCACAAUUCCUGAACCACUUUGCGCCUAAUGUACGCUGCUGUACUCUAAUGCAGUGGUUCUGAAGUGAUAUGGCUAGGCACACUAAUCUGGUAAAGCUAGAUGAGGCAUGGGAAUUUGUACAACUGUGUGUUCUAACUACUACUAAUCAGUUUGCUUCCCACACUUAGACAGCUGUUUUUAAUGGUCAACCUUUAUUUUUUCUGUGUAUUUCCAUUGCCCUUAUUUGCACUUUUUCGCACCUUUUGUAACAUUUUUUUGCUACCUUUAAUCCAUCUCCACUGCUUUUAGCCCACUACUAAUUUUUCUAGCCACUAUUAUCCUGUUUUUGCCCCUUUUCAUCGGUUUUAGCCACUUUUAUCUUGUUCUUUGCCAUUUUCCCCCCUUUUCGUCCAUUUAAGGUGCUUUUUGCCAAUAAACACCACUUUCCUCCAUUUUCCCACCUUUUUUGCCCUUUUUUGUCACUUUUGGACCACCUGUGACUCAUUUUUUUGACUUUGCACCCACAUUUUGCCAAUUUUCACACAGUUUUGUCCAUUAUAUACCUAUUUUGCUCCUAUUUCACCACUUUUUUGCCGCUUUUUGACCAUUUUUGCCACCUUUCCCUUAGUUUUAUUGCCACUUUAACCCAUUUUUGCCACUUU